AUGUCCAUCAACAGUUGGAGAGCGAGCUCGGAGCUGCUUCCCGCUGCUGUCACGGUUCGUCCGCUAGACUGCAUCGUCGCUGUGUCCCAGAACAUGGGCAUCGGCAAGAACGGGGACUUGCCCUGGCCUCUGCUCAGGAAUGAAUUUAAGUAUUUCCAGAGAAUGACCAUAACUUCUUCAGUAGAAGGUAAACAAAAUAUCGUGAUUAUGGGUAGGAAGACCUGGUUUUCCAUUCCUGAAAAGAAUCGGCCUUUAAAAGACAGAAUUAAUUUUGUUUUCAGUAGAGAACUCAAGGAACCUCCACGAGGAGCUCACUUUCUUGCCAAGAGUCUGGAUGAUGCCCUAAAACUUAUUGAGCAACCAGAAUUAGUUAAUCAAGUGGACAUGGUUUGGAUAGUGGGAGGUUGUUCUGUUUAUAAGAAAGCCAUGAACCAGCCAGGCCAUCUUACACUGUUCGUGACAAGGAUCAUGCAGGAUUUUGAAAGUGAUACCUUUUUUCCAGAAAUUGAUUUGGAGAAAUAUAAACUUCUCCCAGAAUACCCAGGUGUUCUUUCUGAUAUCCAGGAGGAGAAAGGCAUUAAGGAUAAGUCUGAAGUGUAUGAAAAGAACGACUGAUGGGAAUGUGUUUUCAAGCUGUUUCCCCUCCUCUGAAAAAGUGUAUAUUUUUAUAUAAGAAAAAAAGGCUUUUGUUGACUUCAGAUCUAGGGAUAAUAAUUUCUAAGCAGUAUGCUUUUAUUCCCAUUAAUGUUAAAUAGACUAUAUCAGAUACCACUUGUGCCAUAACUGUCACA